CAGCUCUCAGCUGCAAUCAGUAUCUAUCGAAUACGAAAAACUCAAACCAAUCCAAAGAUGAAAUUCUUUCAAGCAGCUGCACUUCUCCUGGCCCUCAUCGGUGCCUUUGCCAGCGCAGAGCCUGUGCCCAAACCUGGCACUGUGCUCAUUCAGACCGACAACACUCAAUACAUUCGCACGGGUUAAGCUCGUCCCAGACCUUCCAAAUGAAACUGAAUCGCCUCCUGAUCGCAAAUAAAAUAAAAAUGAAAAUGUUAAACUAAACCAAAA